AUGGAGUCCCAGAAAGGUUCAACAUCCCAAGCUGGGUCUGGUCCCCAGAAGCAAGGGUCGAUGCCAUCCACGACCGAAAAUUCUGGAACAACUCAGUCACGCUUUGAUGUCAUAUCUGCUAGGUACCGUGCCGCCUGGCCAAAGCUCCUUUCAAGACGCGGCGUCGAAAUGGGCAAAAACCCGCUGCCAUCGUUCAUCGUCCCCCACGUAAGCACCAUCGAAGAAAAGGCCAGAGAAAUUCUCUCCCGACACCAAAUCAAGUUCGAGGAUGAAGAUGAGGUGGAGGUCCAGCUUCUGGAUCAAAGUUAUGAUUAUACCGAACACUUUCCCACUCUUUUGAUUACGGCGCCCUGGUCUGUAGACAAGCAAGAGGACUGGAAGAACGCUGUCCGCGAUAUGGUUCAGGUCAUAUAUACGAUCUCCCAAGAGGCUAAAUUCGAUCAAGAGAACGUCUUGGUCGAAAUGAAAGACCCCAUCCUUACAAAGAAAAUAUGCAUCUGGCCGGUUGAGUCAUGGUUGCAUUACAAUGCCGAGUGGGACGCCAUCAGAAAGCUCGUACGCCAGCGACUCAAAGCUUUCAAGGCUACCAGAGGAGAGGUGGCGGGUAUUCAACUAUUACGCUAUGGGGUAGUGAGGAGGAGAGAAGCGAACCCCGUUACUAAUUCCAUCGGCUGCUACGCAGAUUCAGACGAAACCGGAUGGCUUGAAGUUAUUGACGACAUCCGGAUGAACAUUGACGAGCAUGGCUGGACAGAUGUCUACAUUCAUAUCGAACAUAGGUGGAACGAGUGGUAG